AUGUCUCUAUCGUUUAGUCUUCCUACAAUCAAAAUCAGUGGCUAUGCUGAAGGUCGAGAAGACUCUUUCGUCCACGAUGUUCUGAGUCCCCUCCUUGACGUUACUUUCUGUAGUGAUAUCAACAUAAAGCAUUCUGGGCAUGAAGACAUAAAGCCCGAUUUUGGCAUUUACGCCAAUGGAUUGUCACACAGAUUUGUUGUUUUGGUCGCUGAGGUUAAACCUAUCGAAGGCCGUCAAAAGCUGGAGAAUGACAAGGUCAAAAUUGGAAAAGAGAUGAAAAUUAUGAUGAAUGAGUUGUUUGAUGUCGGGAUCCAUGAUCCAGUAGUCUUCGGAAUCUUGGUCAUGGAUGACCAUUUAUACACUUAUGCAAUGCAUCUUGGUGGGCCCAAGGCAUACAUCUCGACUGAACUUUCAUCCACCUCAGUGACCAAGUCAUCGGGCAAUCUUGUCUUAAUUCUAUCCAUUAUAUCUAAACUUGAUUUGUCUAUCGUUAUGGCAGAAAAAAUUCAUGACCACGCUAAGGCAAUUAGAGAUGGAAAGGCACAUAAAAAAAGUUCAGUUCCAAAAACUUGGCUAAGCAAGAAGUCAUAUAGAAUUGAAAGAAAUAACAAUGAAACGAAACACAAUUAA